AUGGAUUCUCUAUCAGAAGAAUUUUUUACAAGGGAUCCAACUGUGGAGGAGCAGACUAAGGAAGAAAUCAAGAAUAAGGUAGAAAAAUCUACUGACCAACUGUCAAAGGAGGAAAAGGACACACCUACUGAUCUUGUGCCUGUUAACUUACUAUUGGAAGUGAAGAAAUUAUUGAAUGCAAUUAAUACUCUACCAAAAGGUGUGGUCCCUCACGUUAAGAAGUUCUUACAAGAAAAUUUUUCCUUCCAAAUUAUGCAGAGAGAAGUUGCAGCUAACAGCCAGAAUGGGGAGGAAACUGUUCCUGUUCUGACUUUACGUUUCUUGAUAACACAGCUGGAAGCAGCGCUUAGGAACAUUCAGGCUACUAAUUAUACUGCACAUCAGAUUAAUAUUGGUUAUUAUUUGACAUUACUGUUUUUGUAUGGAGUAGCACUUACUGAAAGAGGAAAGAAAGAGGAUUACACAGAAGCAGAGAAUAAAUUUCUAGUGAUGAAGAUGGUGAUCCAAGAGAAUGAAAUUUGUGAGAACUUUAUGUCUUUAGUUUAUUUUGGACGUGGUUUGCUUCGUUGUGCUCAGAAGAGAUAUAAUGGAGGACUGCUAGAGUUUCAUAAAAGCUUACAAGAAAUAGGAGAUACAAAUGAUCAUUGGUUUGACAUAGAUCCUACAGAAGAUGAAGAUUUACCUACAACUUUUAAAGAUCUUCUUAAUGAUUUUAUCAAGACAACAGAAAAUAAUAUAAUGAAGCAGACCAUAUGCAGUUAUCUAGAUUGUGAACGAUCUUGUGAAGCUGACAUUUUAAAGAACACCAAUUACAAGGGAUUUUUUCAAUUAAUGUGCAGUAAAAGCUGCUGUGUUUAUUUCCAUAAAAUUUGUUGGAAAAAGUUCAAGAAUUUAAAAUAUCCAGGUGAAAAUGAUCAGACCUUUAGUGGGAAAAAAUGUUUGAAGGAAGGAUGUACGGGUGACAUGGUAAGGAUGCUACAAUGUGAUGUACCUGGAAUUGUUAAAAUUUUGUUUGAAGUUGUGAGAAAGGAUGAAUAUAUAACCAUUGAAAAUUUAGGAGCAAGUUAUAAAAAGUUAAUGUCUCUGAAAAUCACUGAUACUGAUAUAAGACCGAAGAUCAGUUUAAAAUUUAGUACAAAAGAUGAAAUGCCUAUCUUCAAACUUGAUUAUAAUUAUUUCUAUCACCUGCUUCAUAUAAUUAUCAUUUCUGGUACUGACAUUGUCCGGCAAAUAUUUGAUGAGGCUAUGCCACCCCCUCUUUUGAAAAAAGAGCUUCUUAUACACAAGAAUGUGCUGGAACCCUACUACAACCAUCUUUGGACCAAUCACCCUAUGGGUGGAGCAUGGCAUCUGCUUUAUCCCCCAAACAAGGAGCUACCACAGUCCAAACAGUUUGACUUGUACCUCCUCUUAGCUCUCAUAAAACAUUUGAAUGUAUUCCCUGCACCCAAAAAAGGCUGGAAUAUGGAACCACCAUCUUCUGAUCUCUCUAAGUCUGCAGACAUCUUGAGGCUGUGCAAAUACAGGGAUAUCCUCCUUAGUGAGAUUUUGAUGAAUGGUCUCACUGAGUCACAAUUCAAUUCAAUUUGGAAAAAAGUUUCAGAUAUUCUUCUGCGCCUUGGGAUGAAGCAAGAGGAUAUUGAGAAAGUGAAGGAGAAUCCCAUUGAGAAUAUCUCCCUCGAUUACCAUCAACUGUCCAUCUACCUAGGCAUACCAGUACCAGAAAUCAUCCAGAGGAUGUUAUCCUGCUAUCAACAAGGAAUUGCUCUACAGUCAAUAACGGGCAGUCAACGUAUUGAAAUAGAAGAGUUACAGAAUGAGGAAGAAGAACUAAGUCCACCCCUCAUGGAGUACAAUAUAAAUGUGAAAUCAAACCCUGAAAUACAGUUAGCAGAAGUGAAUAAAGAUGGAGCGUCGAUACCCAGUGAAUCUUCAACAGAAUCUAUUAAAGAUCUCCAGGAAGUUAAGAGUAAACCAAAGAAAAAGAAAAAGACUAAGAAUAAAAAGAAUAAGGAAUCAAAAGAAGAACAAGUCCCAACUAUGAUAGGAAAGGAAGAGCAGUUGAAGAAAGAGCAAGCAAAUCAACACCCAGUCAGUGGAUUUAUGAAAGAUGAUGGAAGUGAUAUUCAAGAGGAUUCUGCAACUGAAGACAAGUUCUAUAGCCUGGAUGAAUUGCAUAUUCUGGACAUGAUAGAGCAGGGCUCAACCAGUAAAGUAACUGCAGAAUAUGGAGAAACUGAGAAGGAAAAGCUUGCUCGGCAGCGGCAGCUGUAUAAAUUGCACUAUCAAUGUGAAGAUUUCAAAAGACAGUUGAAAACAGUGACUUUUCGGUGGCAAGAAAACCAAAUGCAGAUUAAGAAGAAAGACAAAAUCAUUGCAUCUCUGAACCAACAAGUGGCUUUUGGAAUCAAUAAGGUAUCCAAAUUACAGCGUCAGAGCCAUGCUAAAGAUAAUGAAAUCAAGAAUCUUAAAGAGCAACUUUCCAUGAAAAGAUCUCAGUGGGAAAUGGAGAAGCAUAACCUGGAAAGCACAAUUAAAACAUACUUAAGCAAACUGAACGCAGAAACUAGCAGAGCUUUAACAGCUGAGGUGUAUUUCUUACAGUGUCGUAGAGAUUUUGGUUUGCUUCAUCUAGAGCAGACUGAAAAGGAAUGCCUCAGUCAGCUUGCCAGGGUGACUCACAUGGCGGCAAGCAAUCUGGAAUCACUUCAAUUAAAGGCUGCAGUAGAGAGUUGGAAUGCCAUCGUAACAGAUGUUAGAAACAAGAUUGCAUUCCUCAGGACACAGUACAAUGAACAAAUUAACAAGGUGAAGCAAGGGUUUGCCUUGAGUACCCUGCCUCCAAUCCAACUUCCUCCACCGCCACCUAGUCCUGAGAUACUGAUGCAGCAGUUCUUGGGAAGACCCCUUGUGAAAGAAUCUUUCUUUAGACCCAUACUCACUGUUCCUCAGAUGCCUGCUGUUUGCCCUGGGGUCAUCUCUGCGCCUGGCCAGCCUAGAGCUCCCCUGAUGACUGGUAUAGCCUGGACUGUGCCAGCACCUGUGGGAGAGGCUGUGUCUCCCAGUGCAAGUCUGGGAAGUGAUCCCCCCAUGAUGAAUUGGGAGAGGAUUACAGACAGGCUGAAAACUGCUUUUCCACAACAAACCAGGAAGGAGCUUACGGAUUUCUUACGGAAAUUGAAGGACAUUCAUGGGAAGUCCUUAUCUGGACUGACAUUUGAUGAAAUUGUGUACAAGAUUUCCCAAUUUAUUGACCCCAAGAGAUCACAGAGCCAAGGAAAAUCUGUACCAAAUGGUAACUGUGUUUCACCCAGCCACACUCCUCCACAGUCUAAUACUGCCCAGCCCCCAAAACCAGCCUGGAGGCCCCUCAGUUCACAAGGGCCUGCCUCAUGGAAAGGAGCCAAUAAUUUGGAUGAUGAGGAGGAAGAAGAGGAACCUUGUGUGAUCUGUCAUGAGAAUCUCUCUCCAGAAAACCUCUCUGUUUUGCCUUGUGCUCACAAAUUCCAUUCUCAGUGCAUUAGACCUUGGCUGAUGCAACAGGGGACAUGCCCAACCUGCAGACUCCAUGUUUUGUUACCAGAAGAAUUUCCGGGUCACCCCAGCCGGCACUUGCCCAAGAUCUGAUCCAAGGGAGUGAUUAUGCAAAGGAAAUUCAGUUAUCAGUUUCCAGAAUUUAGUUUUGCGUUUUAUUAUGAGCUGAU